CUGAGAGGUGGAAUGCAGAACGCCCGCGUGCGAGCGAGAUUCUCUCGUCGACCGUUGGGCCGUGUGACAGUUUACCGUCAGCCAACUUCUCAGUAAAUCCGGAAUUCGUCGCUUUUCAGAGAAACACAGCGCUCCUGCGUUACUUCGCUCGAUGGAUUGUAAUGGAUACGAAUUCUCCCUCCGGUAGACGACGGUGACUGAAAAAACAAAUAUCUUUCUUCAGUCACGUCAGCGAGGUACAGCUGGAUAAGCGCUAGCAGCGUAGCGGCAGCUGCCUCACUUCGCAAGCGGAGUCCUUGUGACCAAGUCUUGGCUCCUUAGCGGUGCGCCGGAGCAGUUCUAGCUGAAGAAAGAACAGGAGAAAAAACGUCCAAGAACUCCUUCUGGCUUAUCUGGUGGAUUUUGCUCCGUGUUUUGUGGAUUAAACCGUCGAGUUGUCCCUCAGGGAUCAUCCCGUUCCUCCCGCUCGUCUUUGUGCCACUCUGACGACCGAACUGGGUAUCAGUGAUGUCGGUGCCUGUGCAGAUGCGAGACCAGACAAAAGUGUGUUUGGAGGUACUACGGUAAGAAGAUUAGAGUCAAGUCAGCUGUGCCAUCGACAGGAGAAGGACUAAGGAAACAGUAGGACCUUCACAAAAACUCAAGAAGGACAUAAUUAACUGUGCACCAGAACAAUUGGAAGUAAGGCUGUUCUUAUCACACAACAGCUUAUUUGCUCCUGGGUUCUGCAGUAUUGCACCAUGUUCUCCCCAACUGCAGCCUUGCCUCCUCCCCCUCUGUUAACCGGAAGUGCUCUAGCGGUGCCAGGUGCUUCUCCUGCAGGUCCCUACACAGAGCAGGACCUGCUGCGUCAGGAGUUGAACUCUCGCUUUCUAGCCUCUCAAGGUGUGGAUAGAGGAGCGGCGCUGGCCACGCCAGCCUACCUGCGUACAGAGUUCCACCAACACCAGCACCAACACACGCACCAGCACACACACCAGCACACCUUCACCCCCUUCCCCCAUCCCGCCAUCCUGCCAGGCCCCGCGGCACCACUGGUGCGUACCGCUGCCAGACAUUUCGAUAAAUACCCUCCAAAGGUCGACUCCUUCCACAGGCACAGUUUACUCCACUCCUACCCUUCAGUAAUGCCUGGGAUGUCUCCCGUGGUGCCUCCAACAGGGAUAUUCAGCUCUCUGCAGGGAGCCUUCCAGCCCAAGGCCUCUAACCCACUUGAUAUAGUGCCCAGACCUGGAGCAAUGCCCCGCCCACUCAUGCAAAAGGACACCAGACUGCUGGACUCGGUGUGUCCUACGCCGAAGAAGCCAGGGAAGUGGUGCGCAAUGCAUGUUCACAUUGCAUGGCAGGUGUACCACCAUCAGCAAAAAAUAAAGAAACAGAUGCAAAUUGAGCCGCACAAGCUAGACUUUGGGCUAAAGCCAGAGUUCCUGAGUCGACCCUCUGGUUCAGGCUUUGCAGGAAUGAUCCAGCAGCCGCGUGACUUACCCCGCCCUUCCACCAUCUUCUCCAGUGCUGGGUCAACACACCCUUCAGUCUCUCCCUAUGGACAUUUGCCCCACCCUCACACCAACCUGCACACCCCACCCUUUCAUCAUGAGUCUCUUAACAAGCCACCUGCUUUUGGCGGUUUGGGAACAUUGAGUUCCACAGCCUUCGGAGGGCUCGGAAACCCUACAUUAACACCAAGUUCCACACACGGCAGCAAAGACAGCAAGGCAGCCCUGUCUUCUGCAGGACCUCAAGAGCCUUGGAACAGACUGCACCAAACACCCUCUUCUUUCCCCACACCCCCUGUGUGGCCUCGAGCCCCUGAACCCGAAAAGGCUGCACUGGACAGAGCACUGGACAAAGCACUGGACAAAGCACUGGACAAAAGAGACACCCUACCCAACAAAGAACAUGAUGAAAGGGACACGAGAGGGAAACGCCUUUCACCUGCUAAUGUUAGCCCACUGGGUCACAAGCAAGCAGAGUCUUCUAGAGGCCCAACUCCUGAGCCAAAGGACAGGGACAGAGCCAAAGAGAGAGUGCAAACUCAGGAUCCACCUAAGCCAAGUGGAGAGCCAGAUGAUCAAAAACACAGAGAGAACCAAGAGAAAAGAGAGAAGGCUAUAAAGUAUGACCACCAUCACACAGAGGAUAAAUCUGCUGCUGAGGAUACUUUGUCCCCAAAGCAACAGAGGGUUGAAGCAGAGCGGCGCAGUAGUGAUGGACCACACUGGGAGCCAGAGACAAAGAAAAGUAGAGUAGAAGCUGAGCCUCAUGCAAAAAGUGGCCAGGUUAAGGUAAAGGAGGAGAGAAGGGAGGACCAGGACUCCCCUGAAGUCAAGCCACCUCCUAAACCUUUGGAGAAACCACUGCAAGGGCGUGGGACCCCAGGAAUACAGCCCUCACCCCUGUCAUCCAUUCCUGUGCCCAUAGGAGUCACAGGGGUUCCAAACAGCCUUGAUAGGACUCGUUUAAUUGCGCCAUUCAUAGGGAUGAGCCCAUUGCCAGGUGCUGAGAGACUGCCAUACUCUCCACAGCAUUGGGAUCCCAUGCGGAAUAUGUACAGGGGCGUGGACUUUCCUCAAAAAGAGCCCCUUCCCAAGGAGCUUUUGCUGAGGGCUGAUCCGCUACAGCGUGCCAUGGCGGGGCAACAUGUUUACCCACGGGAUCCGCUACUACACUCACUGGCCCUGGAGCAGCAGAGGAGUCAGCUGGAGGAGCGGCAGCGCCUGGCCCUCCUGAGGGAGGAGAGUGAGCGGAGCCGUCUGCUGGCUCUUCACCACGCAUCCCUGGACCCCCACCUGGCCCAUCCGGGCCUUCUGCCCGCAGCCUACCCAAGCCCGCUGUUCCCCCGUCUAGGACUCCCACAGGCUCCGCACUACAGCACUCUCAGCAAGACUUUGCCUCCUCCUGGCUACAUACACGGUCCUCCACCCUCUCUGCUGUCUGCUUUUCCCUCACGGCCGGCCUCCCCUAGACGGACUACCCCUCUUCCAGACAGGCAGGACAGAUCCCUCACCCAUCCUCACAGGGACACAGAGGCUCGGUGAGCCGGACAGUAUGAGGGCCUGAAUGUGAAGGCCAAGCCAAGCACUUCCAUGUUCAAGUGAGUGUACAAUAUUGAGAUGUACAGGGGUGAAAAUCAUCUGGGCAGUUUUCCGGCUGCAGAUUAAGUCUAGUCUUUCAUUAAAUUGCUGUGUCAAAGGUGAGUUCAUUGUGCCCAAUAUCUACUAGGCUUACUCCAUCACCAGGAAACUGACCCAUUACUUUUUUGUGAAAAAAAAAUUAAAGAAUUUUAUGAAAAAAAA